AUGCGGCUCUCGGCCCUGCUGAGCGCGGCACGGCCGCGGCUGCCCCCGGGCUACCGGCACGGCAUGUGGCCCCCCGAGUCCAUGGCCGCCCGGCUCCGCAACCCCCCGGGGCAGCGCCGCCGCAAGGUCUUCGUGGAACCCAUCGCCAAGGACGACUGGAAGGUGUUCAAGGGUGACACGGUCCAGGUCCUGGUCGGGAAGGACGCGGGGAAGCAGGGAAUGGUCACCCAAGUGGUGCAAGCUCGCAACUGGGUGGCGGUGGAAGGACUGAACACGCACUAUCGCUACGUCAACCGCACAGCCAAGUACUCCGGGACCUACAUCGCCAGCGAGGCACCCCUGCUGCUCAGCCAGAUCUCCCUGGUGGACCCUGAGGACCGGAAGCCGACAGAGGUGGAGUGGCGGUACACGGAGGAGGGCGAGCGUGUCCGCGUGUCACUGCGCAGCGGCCGCAUCCUGCCCGUGCCCCCGCAGCCACGCGAGGAUGGCAUCGUCCCUGAGCAGUGGAUCGAUGGCCCCAAGGACACGUCGGAGGAAGAUGCGCUGGCAAAGACGUACCGGCCAUCCCUGAAGACCUUUGAGGAGGAGAUCAUGGAUGCCAUGGGGAUCGUGGAGACACGCCGGGCCAAGAAAUCCUACUGGUAUUAACUGGGGGAGCCAGAAGCCCCCUGAGCCGGGCUCUGCAAUAAACACCCCCCCUUGAUUUUC